AUGUCGGCACCUGUAGAAGUAGAAAUUGAAAAUGUCCCGAAAAGGAUCGAUGAUGUUAAGGACCUUAUCAUAAAGGCUCAAUGUUGGGUUAAAAAAGGCGAUGAAGAAAGAUUGGCAGAGAUUUUAUCUAUUAAAUCAAGACGACCACCUCCAAAAUUUUAUGUGCAUUAUGUGAACUAUAACAAACGUUUGGAUGAAUGGGUUCUACCCGAUAGAAUCAACCUAGAGAAGGAUGUGUUAUUACCUGUACCGAAACCGGCAGAGGAAUCCAAAACUAAACAGAAGAACAAAAAACAAACACAGCUAGAAAAGACCAUCCAGUCUACAACUGCUCCAACAAAAGAAAAUACACCUGAGGUUUCGGAUAUGAUGGAUCUGGAUGAUCUGAAUGUUCAGGGGAUAAAUACUGACGAUGUUUCACGAGAAGAUGAGAUCAAGAAGUUACGGACUUCGGGGUCCAUGACGCAAAAUCCACAUGUUGUUUCACAGGUUAGAAAUUUAAAUAAGGUAGUAAUGGGUAAAUACGAAAUUGAACCGUGGUAUUUUUCACCUUAUCCAAUUGAACUUACAGAUCAAGACCAGAUAUAUAUCGAUGAUUUUACAUUACAAUAUUUUGGAUCAAAAAAACAAUACGAGAGGUAUAGAAAGAAAUGUACUUUACAGCAUCCUCCGGGGAAUGAAAUAUAUCGUGAUGAUUACGUUUCCUUCUUCGAAAUAGAUGGAAGAAUGCAGAGAACAUGGUGUAGGAAUUUAUGCCUUUUAUCUAAAUUAUUUUUAGAUCAUAAGACGUUGUAUUACGAUGUUGAUCCAUUUUUAUUUUACUGCAUGACCAGAAGAGAUGAGCUUGGUCAUCAUUUAGUCGGAUAUUUUUCUAAGGAAAAAGAAUCUGCUGAUAAUUAUAAUGUUGCAUGUAUCUUAACACUUCCUCAAUACCAGAGAAAGGGUUAUGGUAGAUUGUUGAUCGAAUUUUCAUAUGAAUUGUCAAAGAAGGAGGGAAAGACAGGUUCACCAGAAAAACCAUUAUCAGAUUUAGGUUUACUUUCAUAUAGAGCAUAUUGGACUGAUACGUUGGUGAAAUUAUUAGUGGAACAUGGGAAAGAAAUUACCAUUGAUGAAAUUAGUACUAUAAGUUCGAUGACCACCACAGAUAUUUUAUUUACAGCAAAAUCAUUGAAUAUUCUGAGGUAUUAUAAAGCACAACAUAUUAUAUAUCUUAGUGACGAAGUUAUUGAAAGAUUUGAAACAUUGAAAGCCAAAAAGAGAAGAAGUAUAGACCCUACGAAAUUAAUUUGGACACCACCGGUAUUCUCAGCAUCCCAACUGAGAUUUGCGUGGUAG